ACGCACAAAGCGUGCCGCACCGCCAGGGUUCCCACUGCCCGCUUGACGGCCCCACACAGCGCCUCAGACGGACACUUCUUUGCGUCGACCCUGGGCCAAGGCGCGCUACAACAGCCUUCCAAGAGCAGAGACCGGCUUGCACAAGUGCGCACGCGCACCCGUCGUCUAGGACCCGGCCCCUAGCGACGCAGGGCGUCCCUAACGACCUGCGCCGCGAGGGCCCUGCGGGAAGGUUCCCGCCGGCAUCCAGGACCUGCCUGUCUGAGAAACUCCCUGUCACAAGGCCAUCACCAAGAGGCCACUUGUCCCUGUGUUGUCAGUCCCCAGCAUGGAGGAAACCCAGAUAACACCCCCACCGUCGGUCCCCAGCUGGUCCUCAACCUCCACCCAGGACCAGUCCUUCACUGCCGGCCAAGCUUCAAGCACAGGCCCACAGCCCUCAAAGUCCUCUGUCAUCCCACCCCCAGUGAAGUCCAAGGGCCCGAGUUCCGGGGCUGGGGUACGUCGGAUGCGCAGGAUCAUCGCUGAGGAUGCUGAGUGGUCAGUGGCCAUUGUGCCCCUCCUCACAGAACUCUGCAUUCAACACAUUGUCAAGAACUUCCAGAACAACCCUAUCCUGAAGCAGCUGCUCCCAGAGCAUCAGAAGAAGGUCCUGAACCAACUGUCCCCCGACCUGCCGCUGGCUGUGACCGCCAACCUGAUAGAGGAUGAGAACUACUGGCGCCGCUGCUGCACGCAACGCUGGCCCGUGUGCCACGUGGACGAGCACGGCGGCAGCUGGAAGCGCAUGUUCUUCGAGCUGCACCUGGAGAACCUGCUGAAGCACUUCAUCCCCGGCACCACGGACCCCGAGGUGAUCCUCAGCCUGCUGCCGCUCUGCAGGAACUACGUGCACACGAUCCGGGUGGAUCAGUUCCUUCCGCCCGUGCAGCUCCCGCCCCCACUUCGGGGCGGGGAUCAGUCCGACUCCAGCAGUGAAGGAGAGAUGGAGGAGGAGCCGGCCAUGGGCCACUACCAACUGGGCGACCUGGUGGCUGGCCUGAGCCACCUGGAGGAGCUGGACCUGGUGUACGGUGUCAAGGACUGUGGCAUGAACUUCGAGUGGAACCUCUUCCUCUUCACCUACCGCGACUGCCACUCCCUGGCAGCCACAGUCAAGGCAUGCCACACGCUCAAGAUCUUCAGGCUGACCCGAAGCAAGGUGGACGACGACAAGGCCCGCAUCCUCAUCUGCAGCCUCCUGGACCACGCGGCCCUAGAGGAGCUGGACCUGUCACACAACCUCAUCGGAGACCGGGGCGCGCGCGCCGCCGCCAAGCUGCUGGGCCACAGCCGCCUGCGCGUGCUCAACCUCGCCAACAACCAGGUGCGCGCGCCCGGCGCCCAGUCGCUGGCUCACGCCCUGGCGCACAACAGCAACCUCGUCUCCCUCAGCCUGCGCCUCAACUGCAUCGAGGAUGAGGGCGGCCAGGCGCUCGCCCACGCCCUGCAGACCAACAAGUGCCUCACCACACUGCACCUCGGGGGCAACGAGCUGUCCGAGCCCACUGCCACGCUCCUCUCCCAGGUGCUGUCCAUCAACACCACGCUCACUAGCAUCAACCUGUCCUGCAACCACAUCGGGCUGGAUGGCGGGAAGCAGCUUUUAGAAGGCAUGUCAGACAACAAGACCCUCCUGGAGUUUGAUUUGCGCCUGUCAGGUAUCGCCCAGGAGAGCGAGUAUCUCAUCGGCCAGGCCCUCUGUGCCAACCGUGAAGCAGCCCGCCAGCGGGCCCUGAGUUCCAGCCACGGCCAAGGGCCCUGAGAACCUGGCGGGAUAAGAUGGGGACAGGGCUGGGGCAGUGAGCAGACCUGGGUCACUGCCCUAGCCCCAUCCCUCAUUUCAUGCCCCUGCCAUGCCUGCUGCACAGUGUCACACUGAUCUGGAGGGAGUGGGGAGGGAGACCAAGAAUAUCUUUGGGAUGAGUGAUCAAGGGUUGUGCAGAUAAAGAUGUGAGGAGAGGAAGGGGCCUGGGAUAGGGGUAGGAAAUAGGACUUAGCCCUGGUACGCAGGGAGAGGAUAUUACCGGACUCACUGAAAUGACUGACUUCUCCCAAGAAUGGGGAAGGCAAAGCAGACUCUAAGGGACUGUGCCGGCCCAGACUCUCCCACAGGGGUCGCCCAUCUCCCUGACCACCCUCCUCCCCACCAUUUUUCUCUCUACCAAACAGAUCCUUGACCUCUUGACCUUCAAACACACUCUCUCUCUCCACCCCCACCCACCCCCCCGCCAGGCUACAGCAUAGCUUUGCCUGGCUCUUCCACCAUCACCCCUGCCGGUGCCACCUCCCUCUUGCUUAACUCCCGCUUAAGUCAUCCAGUUCUACAAGCCACGCCAUCCCUAAUCCAUUCCCUUCAACCUGGGAAGGGGGAAACAGAGGUGACAGGAGGGGCUCAGACCCAUUGGCCUCCCCAGAUUGCUGCUCACGGACGGGCAGAUGGCGAGAGAGGUGCGACACUGGGAAGGGAAGUCAGUGAGUCAUCUGCAACUUUAUUAUCCACCAGUUUGAUUUAUACAAUCUUUGCGCUUGGAAAUCCACGACAGAAAGGCCACAGUGUGAUGCACCCAGUUGACAGAGACCUGUCUUCUCCCCAGCCAGGCCCAGCCCACCCCACAAGCCCUUGUCCCCAGGACACAUGAAACCUUCCAGGCAUCCUCCAUGAGUCCCCGUCACUCUGUGGCCGCCCGCCUUGGGGCCACACCCACGGGAAUCACAUCUACCCACAGGGCCACAAGAGGCCCUGAUGAUGGAUUCAGGCAGAGCCCCAUCUCCCAUCCUCCUCGGGCUGAACCUCCAGCCCUGUGUUUCCAGAGGGUGUGUCAUGGGCUGCACCCACAGCCUUGGGGCGCUUUCCAGGGACUCCUUCCAACAAGCAGAGCACCAAAGGGGGCUUGGCAGUGACCGCACGUGUGUGCCUGUCUGGGCAACCUUGAGUCUGUCUGUGCCUGACACCCUCUGACAGUUCCGAGUGCAAACGUGUAGGUGUGAGGGUGUGUGAGUGUGUGUGUACAUAGCCACAGCUGCUAGCAGAGGGUCUAAUUAGAGAAACAAGAACAUUCAGUGUAAAGUUUAAUUUUAGAGAUUAGUUAAUUUUCUGGUUUUGUUUUCCCUGGCAAUCAAUAAAGCUACCAAGAAAACAGACCACAGAAUUGGUUUCUCUCUAAGUCUGUGCAUAUGUGGGAGGUGUGAGGCUGUCUGUGUGAGAAGACCUAGGCAGAAAUGGUCAAUACAGGCAAAAAUAAUAACAGCCCCUCCCCUUUCCCCCUCCUCCCAGCUCAGGUUCUGUCUCAGGAAUGGCCCGGAGGCAGGAGGAGCCGAGUUCCUCCCUCCUUGGAGCCAUGAGGUGGCCAGGAUGCCCCACACAAGGGCGUGACAUCUGGGUGCCAGCUGGCCAAGAACUGGGUCCUGAGGCCACAGCUCACCACCUGUACCUUGAAGAUGUCCGUUCAGAGGAAACGGGUGCUCCAACCCCCAGGCCCCUGGAGAGCACAGUGCUGGCGGGUAGGUGGCACUGCUGCCCAGGGAAACCUAGUGCGCAGCUGUUCCCCUCCUCCCCAAGCCUCCUCUUCUCCGGCCUUGUCUCUCUUCCCACUCAGCCAUCUCCACCUGAAAGUUAGGCUCAACCCUGAUGGGCCACAGGCCGUGGUGUCCCCACAAUCUGUG